UGAAGAUAGGAUGCGAACGCUCGUCGUUGCCGUAGGACCUUGAACUCGAGGUCGCGCUUGUUGGCUGGCGUCGUGCUCAUAUCGCGCAAAUGUUUCCGCUGGACUAUCUUAUUGCUGCUGGAGUUGUUUUGAAAGUGUUUCUGUCAUGGAGCCGCCUGCGGUGACUUCCUGCAAUUCUCAAAGCUCAUCCAAUGGCAUGGAGAAAGUGCGUCGGCAAGCAACGGACUAUCUACAAAUAGACCCAUCCAGUACAUUCAUAAACAAUGCUACCCGCAAUUUUGAAGACUUGCCUGAAAACUUUCUGGACAACGUUAGCCCGCAGCAGAGCACACAGACGUUAGGAACGUUGUUGAACGAUCACGCUAACAGCCCUCAACUUGCGCCUUUGGCUCCCAUGAGUAUAGGGUCGGAUCAGAGUGGACCUUACAUGAUGUCCAUUGGAAGUCAGUAUCAGGAUCAAAUACGACAUCCGGCUCUUGAAAAGUCGAGACUUGACAGCUUUGGUACCGGGCCGGCUGGUCUCCUCUCCCCUCUUCAUUUGGACAGUCACAGUCGCAGACACGGUGGUAAUCCAGAAUUUGCACGCCAUGUCUAUAUCAAAGAAGAGACGGAUCCGCUUGACACCGCAUCCCAUCACCUACUCAUGCAGCAGCAGAUUCCGCUUUCAACUCAACAGCAACAGCAGCAGCAAGAACUGGAGCGAAUCGCACAAGCAGAAACACCACCAGCCGUCAGCAAUGUUGAGUUGGCUUCGACAAUGAUUGCCAGCUUGAUCGGAGAACAGCGCACAUCCUCUCCUUCACCUCAGAACUAUUCUGUGUGCGUCCCACAGUCAUCAACAUCGAUGAUGCAGCAUCGAAUAGCGAAUAUCAAACGAGAUACUGAAGACUCUCUUGAGGGUCGUUCCAACGGAGAUGAUGCUGAGCUCGAAAUGCAGAGGCAGCAGUAUUCCCAAAAAGUUGGUCGACGUGUGUACUCUACCAAAGACAGCAAUGAUCCGCUGAAUGCAGAAAUCGACGACGAUAUCUAUAUAGAUACGAAGGAGUUGUGUAAAAGAAUAGCAUAUGAGCUGAAACAACAUUCCAUCCCUCAGGCUAUCUUCGCUGAACGAAUUUUGUGCAGGAGUCAGGGGACGUUAUCAGACUUGCUACGAAAUCCUAAACCGUGGAAUAAAUUGAAAUCUGGUCGUGAAACAUUCCGACGCAUGUUUAAUUGGGUACAGCAACCACUUGCAAUGCGACUAGGAAUCCUGGAUAUGUGCAAACAAGAAGGCGAUGAGCAGUCCGUGAUGGGUAAAGCUCCUGCCGGCUUUGGCAUGUCACCACCCACUCCUGCACAGAAUGUGCGACAUUCUUCUCGUCGAAGCCUUGAUCCUGACCAGCCUUCCAAUAAGCGUCCACGACUUGUAUUCACAGACAUCCAAAAGCGAACUCUGCAGGCAAUCUUCAAAGAAACUCAACGUCCUUCGCGUGAAAUGCAGCAAACUAUUGCUGAACACCUUCGUUUGGAUUUGUCCACCGUCGCAAACUUUUUCAUGAACGCUCGUCGACGAAGUAGGAUUGGUCCAAAUAGUGAUGAACCGCAACCUUACCAGCAGGUACGCCCUAUCUCUCCUCCACCAGAUUCUCCUCCAUCAGGAGCUCCUGGUGCUGGACCGAUAACAAACGGUCCACCAAUUGCGCAUCCCCGUAAUCGACGUCAACCUGCAAGCAUGCAACAUGUCGAAGCCACAGUAAGUACUGUGAGCAGCGUUGCGGAAUCUGCCAUACAAUAUAGUCGUGAGCAGGCUGCUCAUGACGCCGCUGCUAUGCGAACCGGUCCCAUAGACGAGGAAGGUUACAAGGUAGCUCAGGAGGCCGCUGCUUUGCGAAGCAAUUCCAUGGAUGAGGAAUCCUAUAAGGUUGCUCAUGAAGGUGCAGUAAUGCGACCGAAUUCCAUCGACGAAGAGAGUUAUAAGAUGUAUAAAAUGAAUGAUCCGUUGGCUGAUGAGACGGGCAUAUCAAUCGUUGCCGCGAACGUUCAUGACCUUUACAAUAAUGGCAGUGACACAAAUGUUGAGUCAUUGACUUCCACCAGUACGUCUCCGGUGAACGCUGUGGAGCAGCGAGGUGUGGUGAAAAAGGAGAAUGACGGCCUAGCCGAGGAAGCAACUGCGCAAUGAACGGAGGAAGCUCUUACCUCACCUCGUGACCAAACACACCAUUUUAGCCACUUGCCAUUGAAUAGUCUGUUGAGUUGUGUAUAGCCGACGGAUUUCCUUUCAGUCUCCUUUUCAUUUUGCAGUUAUAUCCACAAUUAUGAUGUAAAUAGAUAUGAACGGCGCUGGGGUUGCCGCGAUUGUAGGCUGGUGGUUGCCGACUCCGUUUUUCCUGAUUUCUCUAAGUCAGCCUCAUGCGCACGAUGGCGUGUUUGUUUCUUGCAUUUUUCGCACGUUGUGUAGCUGUUGUCGUCACAGCGCAUCGCUUUCAUCGCACGCUUUUCAUCGCGCUUCGCUGUGGCUGCGCACAAUGGGCGGGUCUGCCAUGAUGAUAUUUUAUAUCAGUAUGGUCGUGUUUUCAAUCCCAAAGUAUUCUCUCAUUCAGGCUUCUAGCCUUCUCGGUGAAUUCAGCUUCAUUUUGGCCUCAUUCUUCUCGCGAGUUUGAUCAUUAGAAGUGGGCAGUGUAGGCGUUUGUUAUUAAUCAGUUUCAGCGAUGUUUGGGAAUUUUUCUACUUCGUAGUUCUCUGUUCUUAACCCUCUUUGUGCUGUGAUGUGUGAUUCCCGUUCAGUCCUUAGAAGAUAUUAGAACCUAUGUGUAGUCUCGGUCUGGAGUCGAACAAUCGUGCCGUCUUCCUAUGCAUCUUGACAUGUCCCUCAUCACUUAUGAGCGAUCGGAUGUCCUCAUCGCAAAGCUUAGCUGUCUUCUGUUCAUUCUCUUUCUUCUUUUGUUGGUCAGCACUGUUCGUCACUGGUUCAACUGAUAUUUUAUAAUUUCACAUGUUCUAUUUCAUACAUCUGGAUGGUGUUAUUCUCAUUACUCAUAGUUCAUGUGUGUAAAGAUUGCAUUAUAAAAACUUGUUUCUAAUGGAAAUAAUAAAUGAUAGGUCUUUUUUGCUCUUGUAUAGGUUAUGCACGC